UUUGUGCUGUCUUCUAGAAUGUCACAUAUUUUAUUUCCAUUUUGAAACUUUGGUUUUUUAAUAAUUUUAUUGUUUCUGUUUUGUUUCUGCAUCUUGUUCUUGCAUGUCACAUGUGACAAGAUUAGGACAGCUUACUGCAACCACAAUCAUCUUAGUCUACUGCAACAAAAAAUAAAUGAAUUCACAUUAUUAAGAAUUAUAUUUGUAAUUAUGUAUUUUGACUACCAAUCCAACAAUGUCUGUAUUUUAGUUGUUAUUGUAUUUUCUGGAACUGAGACAGCAAAGCAUGUUUUCUUGUUUUUUUAAAGUUAGCUAUGUGAGAGAGAUGUUCUUUAUUUCCUGUUGUAUCGCUGACAUGUUGGUCAGUGGGCAGAUUUUAAAAAAAGGAAGUAGAAAAAUAAAGUUGCUAAGGAAGUUGUUGAAAUGAGGAAGCCUAAGAACUUAUACGUAGCACUUAGACAUAAGGACCUGGCUGAACUUUGUACUUGGAUGACCUGUUCAUAUGAUUAACAUUUCUCUGUAAGCCACUGAAGGAUCGAUAGAACUGAACUGGGGAAGGACCCGUCUCUGGAACACGUUCUUGUUUUCAAACUUUCAAAAGGAAGCUGCCAAGAAGUCAAGAUGGCUGACAAUGUGUAUGCAUUGCCAUUCUUCUAUGGCAACAUAACCAGAGAGGAGGCAGAAGUCUAUCUGAGACAGGCAGGAAUGAACAACGGCUUGUACUUACUACGGCAAAGUCGAAACUAUCUUGGAGGCUUUGCAUUGUCUGUUUCUAAUUCAGGUCGCUUCUACCACUACACAAUUGAAAGACAACCCAAUGAAAUGUACGCUAUUGCUGGUGGUAAGAGUCACAGGUGCCCAACAGAUGUGAUAGACUAUCAUUCUCAAGAGAUGGAUGGUCUUGUAUGUCUGUUAAAGAAGCCCUGCAACAGACCCAAAAAUAUGCAGCCAAAGGUUGGUCCUUUCGAGGACUUAAAGGAAAGACUGAUCCGGGAAUAUGUGAAGCAGACUUGGAACCUGCAGGGUCCAGCCCUUGAGCAGGCUAUCAUCAGUCAGAGGCCUCAGCUGGAGAAACUCAUUGCCACCACUGCUCAUGAAAAAAUGCCCUGGUUCCAUGGAACAAUAACGCGAGAGAACUCUGAGCCCAGGCUUCAGAAUGGUUCCCGAACAAAUGGAAAAUUCUUAAUUCGACAGAGAGAUCAAAAUGGAUCAUAUGCUUUAUGUUUACUGCAUGAAGGCCAAGUGAUGCAUUAUCGCAUUGACAGAGACGGCACCGGAAAGCUCUCCAUCCCUGAUGGAAAGAAAUUUGACACCUUGUGGCAGUUGGUGGAGCAUUACUCCUACAAACCAGAUGGCUUGUUACGAGUACUCACAGAGCCAUGUCCAAGACCUGACGGUGAAACUGUGCUAAUAGGACGACCAUUACCUCCACUGAACCAUCCUGGAUUAGGUUCUGCCAUUCAAAAUGCAGCAGAUGGUCUUCGCUCCAUGCUUGGUCAGCUCAACAUAUCUGGAAAAAGGAGUCGUAGACGAAUCGGCAACACGGACCUUAAUCCCUAUGAAACUAGGAUGUCCAAAGAGGCAAUGCCAAUGGACACAGAGGUAUAUGAAAGUCCUUAUGCAGAUCCUGAUGAACUGAGGAGCUCCACUGUGGAUCGCAACCAGCUUUUCUUGGAGGAUGGAGAAUUGGGCUCAGGAAACUUUGGCACUGUCAUGAAAGGAAUCUACAAGAUGAGAAAAACUGAGAAACCAGUUGCUGUUAAAAUUCUGAAGAAUGAUGAUAACAACCCGUCGGUGCGUGAGGAAAUGUUGCGAGAGGCAAAUGUCAUGCAGCAGCUGGACAAUCCUUACAUUGUUCGAAUGAUUGGUAUCUGUGAGGCAGAAAACCUUAUGCUUGUCAUGGAACUGGCUGAACUGGGACCACUGAACAAGUUCCUCCAAAAAAACAAAAACACAUCAGUAAAGAACAUCACAGAGUUGGUUCAUCAGGUGUCUAUGGGGAUGAAAUACCUAGAAGAGCAUAACUUUGUUCAUAGAGAUCUUGCUGCCAGGAAUGUACUGCUGGUCACACAGCAUUAUGCAAAAAUCAGUGAUUUUGGACUCUCGAAAGCUGUUGCAGAAGAGCAAAACUACUACAAGGCCAAGGGUCAUGGGAAGUGGCCAGUGAAAUGGUAUGCUCCUGAAUGCAUAAACUACUUCAAAUUUUCAUCCAAAAGUGAUGUCUGGAGCUUUGGUGUACUCAUGUGGGAAGCAUUUUCCUUUGGCCAAAAACCAUACAAGGGAAUGAAGGGAAAUGAUGUUAUGCAGAUGCUUGAGAGUGGAAAACGCAUGGAGCCACCAGUGAACUGCCCAACAGAAAUGUAUGACCUCAUGACAACCUGUUGGACAUACAAGGUGGAAGAAAGACCUGGAUUUGCUGUUGUUGAGCCAAGACUACGAGAAUAUUACUACGACAUUGCACAGUGAUGUGACAGAAUAUGUCAUAGUCAAUGCCAACAUGUCAAUGACAUAUCUUCUGUGUUAUUUGUAUGACAUUACUUGGCGAGGGCUGGGCAACUCCAGGCGUCAAGGUCUGGUGUCCUGCAACCUUUAGAUGUGUCUCUACUUUUCAACACAACUGAGUCAAAUAAUGAGGUCAUUGGCUGGACUCUAGUGCAGUCACCUCCUAAGUCACCUCCUAGUGUAGUCACUUCUAUUUCAUUGAAGUGUGUUGGACCAGGAAGACAUCUAAGAGUUGCAGGACACUGACCCUUGAGGACCAGGAUUGCCCACCCCUGAGCUAGGCUAUAAAAAUUUUUGAAAAAGAUGAUUCUUCAUGUAUAAGCCAUGUGAAGUAGAGAUACUGUCAUCUCAGUAUCUCUACUGAGAUCUCAGUAGAGUAGUAUCUCUACUGAGAUCUCAGAGAUACUACUCUACUGAGUAGUAUCAGUAGAGUAGUACUGAAAUGUAUUUAGUAUUUUAGUAAAUGUGUGGUUCUAAAAAUGUGAGUGGUUGUACAUCACAAUCAGCUGUCAGGAUAACAUCUUAAAUCCUGAAAUUGUCUCUGACUGAUUCAUUCUUGAUGACACAGAAAAGAACUACAUAGGAUAAAACUGGGGCAGACUUCAAGGCGUUGCAUAAAUGUAUACUGAACAGGUGAAUGUAGCUUUUAAAGUAAAGUUCUUUCUGUGACAAAAGGUCAGAAAUGUGGAAAUUCUUGCAGCAUAACAUAUUAUGCAUUCUUGACAUAUAAUUUAUAACUUAUUUUUCUGUCUGAUGUUGCCAAUCUUCUGUAAAUCACUGUUGCGGACAGCUUCUUAAGACUUUAAAUUAUCUGUGCUUCCUUAUGAAAAGUCUUGAAAUGUAAAUGAAAAUAUAAUACAUUUUUAGUUUUAUAUUUAUUACAUGUCUUAACGACAGUGUGGAAUUAUUUUAGUAUGACACAGAAAAUUUGCUUUAUUUUACGUUGGGCUUAUCAAGGUUUCUAUAUUCAUACUAAUUCAAUUACUGAUACUUAAACUGGAGAAAGGAGAAAAAAUAUUCAAUUAAAAAUUGUGAAAAUAUUCUAAAGAUGUCUGGGGGAAGUAGAGGAUCAAUUUGAAUUGUGUCCAAUUUUCCUACAUAUAAAAUCAGACAGAAAUGCCCAUAAUUCUGUAUUUCUGCAAAGCAGUCCAGUUGGACCCACCAAGUGAACUACCCAACAGAAAUGUAUGACCUCAUGACAACCUGCUGGACAUAUUUUUUUUCAUUAAAAUAUGUUAAUCACCAUAUUUUUUUAAUGCUGAAAUUAAUCAUAAGUAUUUUUAAAAAUUGAUGAUUCAUUAAAACAUUAUCACAAGA